CAGGGUCCUUCUGAUGCAGAGAGACAAACAUGGCGUCGUCCGCGCUGCUCUGGAGACCAUGUUUGUUACACAGAACCUUAAAAACGGUCUCAUUAUCAAAAACUGUGUUUUUUCCGAACACUCAGUGCGGAAUUUUAGCACAGACGGCGAAUUACAACCCCAAGCCACUCAAGCUGAACUUGAAGAAGCCAUACAUUCCGGAUAAAAACAACGAGAAGACGCCGGAGUGGCAGAAAACCGAAAAAUAUGACAAAAAACUGUUCGCCAAGUACGGAUUCGCGUCCGGGAUCGAUCCUGCGAUACUGUGGCCUACCCACGAACAGCUGGAGAAAAUCACCGAGGAGGAGAAAGAGUGGAAUCCAUCGUUAGAGCAGAUGAUGAAGAACAUUGCUGCCAGAGAGAAGGAGGAAAGAGAAAAACGUCUGGCAAAAGAGAAACUCAUAGCAGCUAACAUGGCCAAAAUGCCCGAGAUGAUCGAAAAAUGGCGCAGACAAAAGGUUGAGACCAAGAAGAAGCUCAAAGAAGAGAAGGCUCGCCGUGAAAGGCUGCUAGCUGAAGCCACAGAGCGUUUGGGCUGUGCAGUGCACCCCAACAGCCCCAGGUUCCUGGAAGUUGUUGCUGAAAUUCAGAAGGAAGAGAAGAAGAGAAAGAAACUAUUGAAAUUGAAGGAGAGACAGGACCGUUUAGCAGCGGCAGCAGAAGCAGCUGGUAUUAGUCCACCUCCUGUUACCUCAUAGUCCUGGACUGAGUCAUUGUGAGUGAAAUUAGCCACUCCUCCUGGUCAAACUAUUUUUACCAGGCAACAAUCUCAGUUGCUGUGUGUAAGUGAUGUGGCAUCUCUACCCAUCC